AUGGCUUCUCUAGAUUAUACUAUUAAUUUAUCAACAAAAAAGUUUGUAUUUAUCUGUAUAUUAACAACUAUUAUUGUUAAUAUAAGUUGGAAUAUAAUUAUAAAUACUGUUAAACGUUCCGAUUUUUGUCAAUAUAAAUGGAUUUUACAAAAUAUUAAAACAAAUUAUUUUGACUGUAACAUUGAAAAAGGAAUAUUACCAAAAAAUAUAAAACAAAAUUUAAGACAAAUUACAGAUGAUUUUCCAUUUAUGGAUACUCAAAUAAUGGAGAUUAAUCGUUAUUCAGAAUAUCGAGAUGAUAAAAUAUAUCAACCAUUAAUUAAUGUCAAAAAUGAUUUUGCAUUUAGUGAAAAUGAAGCUAAAGCUGUAUUAAUUGCAUCAAAAAAUUCUCGUGAACGAGGAAAUUUUAAAAAAGCUCAAGCAAUAAUUGAAAAUGCAUUAUCAAAAUCACCUCUACAUACUGAUAUUUUAAUGGAAUAUGGUAUAAUAUUAGAAAAAGAAGAAAAAGCUUUAAUUCGUCGACAACGUACAUUACCUAUUGUACAAAAAUAUGAUAAUAAAAUUUUAAAAGCUUUAUAUAAUAAACGUGAUGAAUUUUAUAAAAUUCGCAAAAAUAUUGGAGCAUUUAGAAGAGCACUUAAAGAAAGUUAUUUUCAACAUGUUUAUCAUACAGUUGCAUUAGAAGGAAAUACAAUGAGUUAUUUGCAGACACGAGCAUUCUUAGAAACAGGUAGAGCUAUUGGUGGUAAAAGUAUUUUUGAACAUAAUGAAAUACUUGGCCUUGAUGCAGCUCUAAGAUUUUUAAAUCAAUCAAAAAUAUCACUUGGAAAUAUUGGUUUAACAGAAAUAUUACAAAUACAUCAUAAAGUUAUGGCAUAUGUUGAUCCUGAUAGUGCUGGAAAAAUGAGAAAAAUACAAGUAUAUGUUGGUAGUUUUACUCCACCUUCACCAAAAUAUAUUGAAUCUGAGAUGAAAAAUUUUAUUGAAUGGUUAAAUGAUUAUGAUACAUUAGAAAUGGAUCCUGUUGAAUUAGCUGCAAUAGCACAUUAUAAAUUAGUAUUCAUUCACCCAUUUGUUGAUGGUAAUGGUAGAACAGCUAGAUUGUUAAUGAAUCUAAUUUUAUCAAGAUCUGGUUUUCCACCAAUUAUAAUUCCCCUUGAGGAAAGAUUAAAUUAUUAUAAAACAUUAAAAGAAGCAAAUGAUGGUGAUUUAAGACCUUUUAUUCGUUUUAUUUGUCAACAAACUGAUAAAACAUUACAGUAUUUCAUUGAUUCAACAAAAACAAAUCUUGAAAAAAAUGAUUUAAAUGAUGCGCAACUGAUACAGUAA